GAAGGAGAAGGAAGGUGGUUGUCCUUGGACAGUGAGCUGAUAAUGAGAAGCGGCAAAAUCACAGGAACAAGGUUCCCCACCGGCCACACAAUACUUCUAGAUGCCAGAUUUGAAUUACCUUAUGAUCUCCCAGAGGCUGAAGCUGCUGAGCUGGAGAAUAAACUAAAAGUCCUCAACACUAUAGACCAAGAGUUAAUGACCAUACAGCGCCAAAAUACCUACUCCACUCAAUCUGGGAUGUCUGAAGAUAGUGAUUAUAAGAGUGACAAUAUAUCCUCACCAACACAAUGUGUCCGUCAAACAGUUUCCUCUCCAUGAACCUAGUCGAGAUUUCUACUAUAAUGGACAGUUUGAUUCAUUUGACGGAGGGGGUAUGGAUGAUGAUCGGCGAGGAUCUUUCGACCGAUUUGAAAGUUUUGACGAAGAGGAGUCGUACAACGAUCAUCAUUGCCACGAUGUUUAUCAGCGGGAUUUAUCUCCGGAGCCAGAUAACGAAUCUUACGAUGAAGAAGAAUUGACGCACUGUUCUGAAAGAAGGAGUCAAGAUGACCCGGAUUACGAUCAGGAUCAGGAUUACUCUUUACAGGGAUCCGAAUACGACCAGGAGGAGUACGACGACUACGAACGUCCGAAACUGAAUGAGAGGAGCUUCAGUGAGGAGGACGGGAGUUACUCGGGAGGAAGAGUGAUGAGUCGGACAAUCAGUGAAGAAGAGUCCUCCAGUCGAGGACGGAUGUAUGAUAGGGCCUUCAGUGAGGAGAGUAACAGAAUGUAUAGCGAGGAGAGCAACCGAGAUCGACACUCAAUGGAUAGAACGAUCAGUGAAGACAGCAGUCGAGAGAGACAGCAAUAUUACGAUCAGGAGGAGGAUCGUAGGCCUUCUUAUACGCACAAUCAUCGGGGUGGUUAUGACUUGAAGGACAGAGACUUCGGUCGAGAGUGGGAUCAGUACUAUCAGGAUGAAGAAACCACUUAUGUUCAGAGUCGGAGUGACACAGAAUCUGAGCACAUGUCUUAUAAUAGCAGACCAAGAAAGAGCAGGCAGUAUUCCUAUACAAACAGAGGAAGCCCAGCCAGAAGUGGAGAUUCCCUGACCAAUACUACAAACAUGACCAACACCAGUAAAAUCAGCACUCAGGAUUUCAGGAUGUUUAUGUUGCUGGGUGUUAGCUAA